UUUAAAUUGUUUUUGUAACGACCAAACAGCCGUUCUCAUGCCAGACAUCAGACGUCAUACUAUUUCAAACAGUUAUUCAAAAACGUUGAUCUAUUAUAUUUUUAAAGGUCGUAAUAAUUUGGCACAGAAUCGAAAUUUCUAAAGAAGACGAUGAAUUGUUUAAAAGCAGUUAUUUUAUUAUGGACUUGCAUCAUAGCUUUCCAUUCAUUAGUGACCGCUUUCGAGAUAGAAGGUAAGGACAUAAGUGGAGUAGUAGUAAACACUUGUGGAGGAUUGCUUAAAACUAUUGAAGUAGACUUUGUUUAUAUACGUAUUGAAAAAACCCAGCUACUCUUUGAUGUGAUCUACAAGACUCCAUUAGCUAAAACUGGACCACCAGUACAUCUAAGAAUAACUUAUGAUAAAACGCCGUGUAAUGAACAGCAUGAAAUUCAAAAACUCAAACUCCCCGUAAAGGUGCACAUUUGUGUGUGGUGGAGACGUGGAGUGGUGUGAUUGGGUACAACACGAUUGCGAACGUUUUACCUUUUUUAUAACACGAUUGCAAACGAAUGACGCUUAUCAGAGAAUUUGGUGUUUUACCUGAAAAACGGAACGAUUGCGAACGUUUUUAUAGACCACUUUGCCAAGCUUACAAAAUAUUUUUUUUUAAUAAAAACUAUUGAUAUUAAUUACACAAUGAA